AAUUUUUCAAAUGAAAUCACUUCCGUAGGCGACUUAUAACAGCAAGCUAUUUUCUUUCGUGGAAAUAAUCUUGUACCAUCGCCAAGAUGCGAUCUAGCAGUGCUGGAUCAACAGGAGUGAAACGGAAGGCCUCGUGCCUUGAAGCUGGAGAGUCGUCUUCAUCUUCAAGCACAAGUUCAGCGAUGAGUUCGCGAAGAGCUCUGAUUAGAGCUUCGAAUCGUGGAACGCUGAAGCGCGCUGGCCCUUAUUUGCUUGGGCCAAGAUUGGGCAACUCGCCGGUACGAAGCAUUGUUCAAUGCUUGGCUAAAAAAGAAGGUACAGAUGAUUUUUACUCCAUCAAGAUUCUUACGUUAUCGGAUCCCGGACGUGAGAGUUACGAUGACAAACAAGGUAAAAUGCUCUUACACACGGAGUAUUCAUUGCUUUCCCUUUUGAACGAUCAAGAUGGCGUUGUUCACCAUCACGGACUUUUCAAAGACGAAUAUUACGAGGAAAUCCCUCCCGAGAAAGAAUCUGCAAACACAGCAGCAAUUCAUCGUUCUCAGAGUGCAGUUGCGAGACAAUAUCGAAUUCGCCACCGUCUCUGUUUAGUAUUGGAUUGCCUUUGCGCCCAUGACUUUAGUUCGGACACUGCCGACCUGAUAAAUCUUCAACAUUACGUGAUACGAGAGAAACGAUUGUCCGAAAGAGAGACCGUUAUAAUUUUCCACGACAUUGUCAGAGUGGUAGAGUGCUUGCAUAAGAGAAACAUAGUUCAUCGAGACUUAAAACUUGGAAAUAUUGUGCUGAAUAGAAGCACAAAAAGAAUAACAAUAACAAAUUUUUGCCUGGGGAAACACUUGAUACGAGACAAAGAUUUGUUGAAAGACCAGAGAGGAAGUCCAGCUUAUAUUAGUCCAGAUGUCUUAAGUGGGGCUCCAUACUCGGGGAAAGCAAGUGACAUGUGGGCGCUUGGUGUUGUCCUGUACACCAUGUUGUAUGGUCAGUUCCCUUUCUAUGACAGCAUACCUCAUGAACUGUUCAGAAAGAUCAAAACUGCAGAGUUUGUGCUGCCAAAUGAUGGUCGCGUGUCUGAUAAUACCAAGUCACUGAUUGGACUGCUACUGAUGUUGGAUCCUCAGAAGAGACUCACAGCAUCUGGUGUGCUUGAUUUCCUGAGAAAUACCAUGACGGCAUGGUAUUUGUCGAAUACAAUGAGCGAACCCGCCCAAGUAGUUCCUGAUAUCGAUGAAGGCUCUUCAGGAGACACUAAGGAUGGAUUUGACAGUUCGUCGAGGUUAAGGCAACCAGAGCUUGAACUCCGUUUGACUAAAUACCGUGACAAUGUCAACAAUAAGGAGCCGAGAGUUACACUCACGAGAGAAAGUCUCACACAGCCGCCAAUACGACGGAUCUCCGAAGAUGCCCGACCGUUGACGGCGGCUGAAAUUCUUGCUCAUCGUCACUUACUUAACGUUACGUAAAACGCAAAGCCUAGAAAAUUUUAAGAAGGGAGAAGCUUAUUCCAACACAAAUCUCAGUUCUGUUUAUCUAGAGCGAGUCGGAAAUACGUUGUGCAUUAGCUUUAGUUUUGCUUCUCUUUAGGUCUGUGAUUCGUUGAUAAAAAUUCGGGCAAUUUUCUUUUAACCUAUCACAGCGGACAUGCUUUUAUUCAACAAAUCAGAAGCAUGGCCCACACCAAUCGUGAUUGGCUGAUGCGCUUUCUCCCGCACUUGGUCUCGCAUACAUGUUUGUGCAUUGAAUUCUAAUUUGUUUGUUUCAUUCAUAUUUGCGUUAUUGCUAUUGGCGAGAUGUGAUCAGAGUACUUUGCUUGUGAUGUUAAGAUGGUCAUCAGCUACAGCACUCUCUGAACUAAGCAAGUUAUUUUGCAUCGUUUACCGCUUACAUUGCGGACCCAUUCAUCGUUAUUCUGCGUUUUUUCCUCUGCAUACAUCGUUAUCGUAGGCAUUCGGUACUCAAAUCAAUCUAAAAGCAGCUUCUUGCAACACUAAAGUUUCACAUGGUAUGUUGCGACGAUGAACCAUUAGGUCUACAACAAAAUUUUUCAUACAGAUUUUCGUACAUCGACUACAAUUCUUCUUGGAAUAAUUUGUUUUGUUUUUUUAAGCCAUGGAGGAAGGGCCAAGGGUUAGAGAGGGAUUGGGAACGCCUCUCAAGAGGGGUUUUUUCACAUCCGGUUUACGCUAUUAGUACUCGUGUUUAAAAUGGCCGCUGAAGGACGGAAUGCAACAAGAGUUUCAGUAAAGACAGAUGUACGAAACAGGACCUUUCUGGGCUUAUUAGCUAUUCAAUUCUGUGAAUUGGUUUACUACAUGUGGGUUGUAAAUAGGGGUUGGAAAUUCUAUUGUAUUAGGAGAUGUUAAAGGCAUGAAAAGAAAUUAUAUAUAUACAUAUAUUUGUGGCAAUUUCCUGUCUGGUGACCGGAGUCGAGAGUAGGAAAUUUUGAAUAGAUAUCAAAUUAUCGGGAAAGUUGACAGGUCAAUAAAAUAUUUAUUCCAUUGCUGAC